UUUCGAACGUUGAACAUGGGCGGUAAAAAAGAUGGCGAAGUACGUCCACGUAAAGUAGCCGUUGCCAUUCCAUUUUGUAAGAUUGGGAAUGAAGUACAUAUUUGUUUAGUCUCUUCACGUAAACAUGAUGGACAGUAUGUCCUACCGAAAGGAGGUGUUGAGAAAGGAGAAGAUGGAUGGCAAUCUGCAGUACGUGAAAUGUGGGAAGAAGCCGGCUUGAAACCUAGCAAGGAGUGGGUACAAGUCGAAGCAAAAGAUUCUUUCAUGACGGGAAGCAUUGAUGAUCAUAAACCUCAUAAACGUUCGCCUAGUACAGAACAUGGCUCUGCUUCGUUCGUACCAAGAGCGCGAUAUACUGCUUUUUUGGUCAAUGUUCAAAAGGGAGAUCCACAAUGCGAAUUAGAUCAGUGGCCUGAACAACAUGAGAGGAAACGACUUUGGACUUUGUGUGAGGACGCAUGCAAGGAGAUCCAAUGGAGAAAGGAUAUUUAUCAUCUACUCCUUCAAGCUGAUGGAAAGCUGAAAGCGUAUCAGUCAUAAUGGUAUAAGAUUGUGUAGGUAUUACCUCUUACUGUAAUCUAUCUAGUCCAUCCGAUACCCGAGGAAGGGAUGAAAUGAAGGCGUUGCUGUACUUCUUCCUUCGCUCAUUUUCCCCUUUCAUCGAAGGAACCGAACGCCCGAAUGGAUAAUGAAGGUAGUCAAGCUAUGUAUUCUAUAUUUCAACGUCAACAUUUAGCACAGCCUGACGUGAUGAAUAUGAAUGCUAUGUAAAGACCAGAAUGUUCUCUAUUUUGCACAAAAGGAAGAAAUGAAAUCCUUCUCUCCCAA